CUAAUUUAUUGAUGUUAUAAUGUACAAUUUGAAAAUGAUGCUUUGCUGAUCAAGGCAUCGGCUUCUUUUGCAGUAUGUUAAUAUCCUUAGAAAGUUUUCAUUUUUCAUCAUCAGUUGCUCUGAAAAGCUGAUCAGAGAACUUGGGAAUACAAAAUGUUUGAGGCUGGUGGUAGUUUGAAGUCAAAGAAGAUAGUUUUUGUGACUGUUGGAACAACUUGUUUCGACUCUUUGGUUAGAGCCGUAAAUACAGAGGAGGUUAAAGAAGCAUUGUUCAAGAAGGGUUAUACCGAUCUUGUUAUUCAAAUGGGUCGGGGUUCUUACAUUCCCACCAAGUUGACCGGAGGAGAUGGGUCUGUGUCUGUGGAUUAUUUUACAUUUUCGUCAAGCAUAGCUGAUUAUUUGAAGUCGGCAUCUCUUGUAAUCAGUCAUGCAGGUUCAGGGAGCAUAUUUGAGACAUUGCGACUUAAGAAACCACUAAUUGUUGUAGUUAACGAGGAUUUAAUGGACAAUCAUCAAAGUGAACUGGCUGAAGAACUAGCUGAAAGAAAGCAUUUGUUUUGCGCUCAUCCCCAGACACUUUACAACACUAUUUCCUCAAUGGAUUUGGGCUCUCUUGUGGAUUAUGAACCCGGUGUUGCUACUCCUGUUGCAAAUUUUAUUAACAGGUUUUUAGGAUUCAGUGACGAGUGACAAUAAGAUAGAAAAUUUUCGGUCUCGUGAUAAAGGUUUUGGUCAGAGGGUGACUGAUGAGAAGAUUUUGUAUGUCACUGGAUUUUGAUCUCAAUUUUUACCUUCAUGUAAGUACUUUUUAUACAUGUGAUAAGCUCUGGUUUUGAUUGAUCUUCAAAUUUCUGCACUCAGAAUCACCAGAAAUGAA